GAUAACUAUCACCUAUAAGAAACGCAGUGGCACCGACAUUAAAAAAUCAUCGUUGCGUAAAUAUUCAUUAUCAUGCCUGGAGAUGAUAAUUUGCCUGUAAUAUUAGUCAGCGCUGCUGAUAUUGCUUCCGCAUCAGCAAUAAUAACAGAGUUGAUGCAUGAUGGCACCGAGCCUCAAUGCAACGGCGUGUCACACGACAGCGCCGAGGAACAGGAUUCAGCGGCCUUAUGGCACCUGACUAACAAAUACUACAGUGCGUCAGUGCGUUUGCGGGCCCUGGCCGACAGUUGUGAACUAGACCCUAGGGAUGACGUGCAGGCACAUGUUAUAUACCUUACUGAGGAUGAGUGUACAGACGACACAGCCUGCGCGCGUCGCGCGGCGGCCGCACGAGCGUCCCGCAACGCCGUUCGCCUCGUCGCCGCCCAAAUAGACCACGAACCACCCGCCCUAGCGGCAUGGGCGCGAACCUCACACUACGAACUGGUGCCGCUACUAGCGCCACCUGUCGAACAAGAUGAGGAGUUCCCUGAGGCAAUAGGAGUAGCGCGUUUGCGUGAAGCGCUGCAUGCACACGCGUGGCCGGGGAUGCGCCGCGCCGGGGCUGUCAGGGCACCUGCACCUGACUUGAAUGAUGACUUAUCGUCAGACUCCUCAUCCUGGGGUUCCUGGAUGGGCGCGGACGAGGCGGGCGCAGUGGAGCGAGCGGAACAAUUUGCUGACGCACUAGCCAUGCUGCCCGCGAGACGCGCUGAAGGUGACGACGACGCCGCUCGGAGGUUGCACGCAGAACAACUGGUGGUUGCUUUCUGUCGUGCGCUGGGGCACGACUUGAACUUAGAUGGGGACUUAUAA